AUGAUUGAUCCACUUGACACUAUAUAUGAUAAUAUGGAAAUUGGCAAAUAUGAUGAGGCAAUUGAAUUAGCUAAAUAAGAAUUAUUGAAAGAUAAAGAUAAUGAAUUUUUGUUUAGAAAAAUUAUUGGUAAAUCGUUAAUAGAUAGAUAUUUAAAAAAUCAAAAUGACAAAAAUUAUUCAUAAUUAAAAGAAGCUAUAGAAGAGUUAGAGAUAAGUUGGUCACUUUAAAAAAUAUUAAAUUAGGAAUCGCUAUUGUACUUAGCUGAUUGUGAAUUCUAUCUUAGAUAGUAUGAUUAAUCAAUAAAACAUUAUGAAGAAUUAUUUUAAGUACUAAAAUUUUUAAAAAGUGAAAAUGUAUUCUAGUCAUAAUGUAAUAUUGGAAUUGGGAAUUGUUUGAUGAAGAAAGGAAAUUACAAAGAAGCAAUAGUAUAAUUUGAAUAAGGAAUAAACUCUACUGAUGGCAAAGACAUUAAUGAAUAGGAAUCUACUCUUAGAAAUUUGGUAUAUUGCAAUUUUAAGUUAAACAAUUCUAAAGCAAUAGAUAAAUAUAUAAAAUAGUUAUUAAUUUUGAUUCCAAAAGAAUAUGUUACUUAUUUUCUUUUAUAUAAGAUAUUUCAAGUUUAAAACAAGUUGGAAGAAGCAGAAGCUAUUAUGUAAAAAUUUCCAGAAGGAUAGUUAAAUAAUAUAAAACAUUCUGAUGCAAAAGAUUAUAAUUAAAUAAUAAUUGGUUAAUAAGAGGAAGUUCAAAAAUAAAAUUAAUCAUCAUAAGAAUUGAAUUCAAGACUUUUAAUUGAUAAAGAAUAAUAAAAAUAACAACAAUAAAUAGAGGCUAUUUAAACUUAGAAAUAUAUCCAAAAAGAAAAUCCACAAAAUUAAGAUGCAAAUUUAUAAUCUAAUUAUGCCCAUUAAAUACAGAAAGAAACUUAUUUUAAAAAUGCAUUUUAAAUAAUCAGUUCUUUUAAGGGAAUUACAAAUUCAAUUGAAAAAGCAAUAAUUUUAAAUGCUUAAGGAAAAUGUUGUGAAAAAUAAAAAAAAUUUGAUUAAGCUGAAAUAUUCUAUCAAAAAUGUAUAGAAGAAAACCCAAACUAUGUUAUUGGAUGGAUUAAUAAAGCUAAUUUAGGAAUAAUUACAAGAAGAUUUUAGUAAGCAAAUGAAAAUUAUUAAAUGGCAAAAUACUUGUACAGUACUAAAAAUGGUAGAGAAAAUUUAACAUAAAAACAACAUUAAUCAAUAGAAUUAAUGUUAGGUAGAAUCGAGCUAUAUUUGCAAAAUAAAUUUUAAAAUGAUAAUAUUUAAAUUACUAAAAAAAGAUCGCAAGUAGGUUUUGACUAAAAUAAGUCUAAUUUAUCUUAAAAUUUUUCAAAUUUAUUAAACAGUCCUACUCACAUAAAAUCAGAAUUCAUUAGUGAACGAAAGACAUACUAAAAUAAAGACUUUAAGAUUAGACCAGGUUUUAAAUUACCUCCAUUAAAAUAAAAAUGA